UUGAUGAUAAAAAUUUGAUUGAAGUAUUCAUGAUUAUAUGAUUACAUUUAUUGUAGAUUUAGACAUCUUUUUAAUAUGUUGUCAAGUGAUCAGCUGUUUCCGCUUUGUUAAUAUACAUAUACGUAUAGAAAGCCAGAAUAAGUCGUAAAGAAAGCCCGCCUAAUCUUUCUUAAUUAAAUCAGUUGUUACUUUCUGUGAUAGAUAUUCACAUAGUAAAAUGAUAAGUGUGUUAUGAGCGUGAAUAAACGCUAUUUCGUUCUUUAAUUUACGUUUUUUGGUUUAACGGAUAAUGUCAAGUGAACCGCGCGAAAUAAGCCCGUUGAGAAAUGCUGAUAACUUGCGCUCAACUAUACCGGAUUCAGGAAGUAACGACGUGGCCAAAGAAUCAAAGCAAAGUGCAACGAUUGAACAAAAAUUGGCUAACAAAAUGUUUUCUUAUGCUACAGAAAUAAUAUGUUUUAUUCUUGCUGUCAUGUUCACUGCAUUAGCUGCAUUACACAGCUCACCACCAAGAAUAUCUAAACCACCAUCGGCAAGACCAUUUUUCAAUCAAAGUUCCAUCGUUUUAGAUUUUUACAAAGGUCACUUAAGUGCUAUGAUAGACAGAGUCACAGAUAUAGAAUUUAGUUUUGUUAUGUAUUAUGCACCAUGGGAUGCAGAAAGUCAAUUGGUACGAGAUGAAUUUGAAAAAGUAGCUGAAUAUUAUUAUCCACAGAUAUUUUUUACUGCCAUUAAUUGUUGGCAUCCAAAUUCUGAAUGUAGAACGCAAUAUAAUAAAAUUCAAAGUUAUCCAGUUCUGAUACUUUAUCCUGCAAGAGAUUCAGGUAUACUGUAUAGAGGUAUACGUACUGCACCAUACAUGAUACGAUUUCUUCAUGCAUUUAUAAAUCCAAUUAUUAGGAUAACAAAUAAAAAAUCAAUAAAACAAUUGCUUGUUACUUAUGAUGCUGUAAUUGUAGGUUAUUUUAAUUUUACCGGAUUGGCUAACAGUCCAGGUUAUAAAGAAUUUUAUAAAGCUGCUAUAAGAUCAUUAGAAAGGGAUCCUAACAGAGAACAUGCAUUUGCUGUUGUAACAAAUGCAUUAUCUAGUCAAUCCAAUUAUGAAAUUACUAAAACACCUACUGCAUCUUUAUUUAUGUGGAAUGAAACUUUGAACUAUCCAGAUGAUAAAGAAUGGACGUCAGAAAAUAUAUUGAAUUGGAUGACCAGUUCAAUUCAUCAACCAACAUUAUGGCUUCAACCACCUGGAAUGAAAUCUCUUACUCUUGCACCAUAUCUUAAAGAAGGACCUGUAUUUUUUUUAUUUACACCACGUAAUCCUUUGCAUUAUGAAAAUUAUAAUUAUGAUCUGAUUAGAGAAAUUGGAUUACAAUACUAUAAUUGUGCGAAUAAUCUUUCAGUGAAAGAUAUUAUUUUGGGUCUACAAUACAAACGUUAUACAGCAAUGUCUCGUUACAUGAAACAAAAUGAUCAAUGUAACAAUCUUUUAAGUGAACAUGAAAUGAAAAAACAUGAGCCUACGAUCAGUGUUUCUGUACAACAGUGGAUUAAUAAUAGCUGUUGUGCAAAUGUUUUUAUGAAUAAAUGUUCUUUAUGUAAAAAGCAAACAUUAAAUUCGUUUGAUAAAGAAUUAGCUGUAUGUACUGCUAUUAAUGAACAAAAUGUUUAUGUAUGUAAAGAAAUAGAUAUUUUUAAAAUACCAAUAUCUGAAAGUACUCAAACUGAACAAGAAUUUUGUUGCAAUCAAGAACAUAUUUCAAUAAAUUUAGAUGAAAGUGUGAAUGUUAAAAGUUCAGAGUAUAAAUCGUCACAGUCUGAUGAAAAUGAUCAACAAUCUCCUACUGCGAUAAAACAUCAUUUGUUAAAAGAAGACUGUAAAAGAUGGUUUACAGGACAUAAAUAUCACAAACCAAUAUUUCCUCAAGUUUCUUUCAAUCAAUCUAACAUAAGUUUCAUCAAAUCUUUGUGCAAUAUAAAUAGGACAUUAUCUUUCAUAGCAAUUGAUAGUUUACAUUAUUUUCAUUUUGCUGAAGGCUUAGGAAUUGAUGUUUUGAAAAGAAAAGAUAAAACUGCUGCUAUCAUUUUAGAUGUUGCUCAAGAAAGUGAAUACGUUAUGCAAACAGAUUUUAAUAGACAUGCUGUUAUAGAAUUUAUAAAUAAUUAUACUCAAGGUUUUUUACAACGCACAUUACGAUCUGAUAAUUCACGUGGCUUUGUACACAAAUUUAAGACCAAGAUUAGAUGUGAUCCAAAAAAUACAUUGAAAAUGUGUAUACCAGAUUUAACAAGUGAAACAUUUUUAAAUACUAUCUUGGAUAAAACUAAAGAUGUGGUUAUAAUGUAUUAUUCUCCAUAUUGUGCAUUUUGUAAUGCAAUAUCUUAUGUUUAUUUAAUGGUAGCACAUUAUUUGUCUGCAAUGGAUCAUCUUACAUUUGUACGCAUAGAUGGAGACAAUAAUGAUUUACCAUGGGAAUAUAGUAUGAAUCAUUUUCCAUCUAUUUUAUUUUUUCCAGCAAAAAGGAAAGAAGACAGUACAGUAUUCCCAUUUUCUUUACCAAUUAACAUUCCAAAUUUACUUAAUUACGUAUUAGCAAAUUUAGAUGGUGAUUCACGUGUCGAAGCUUUAACAAAUAUUUGUUUGUUAAGUGCUACCGAUCCACCAGACAAAUGUAUCAUUCGCAUACGUUGGCUGUGUUUAGAAAUAAUCGAACAGCUUCUAUGUGAUUAUAGAAAAUUAAGACGACAUUUAAAUUUCAUUGAUCUAAGAACUGCUAGAAAUAAGAAAAAUAUUAUUUUAUUGAAAUUAGAACAUAUUAGGUAUAUUCAUUUAUUAUUGGGAUCAACCAUUGAUCUUGCUGAAGAUCAACAUAUUGUUCAUAUGAUCCGAAAAAAAUAUAGAAAAUAUUAUAGAAUUCUUAGGAUAUUAGAAUUAGAUAGUAAAAUUGUUUCUAAUAAAACAAAAAUUAUGCGAAUUGUACAAAAUACUAGUACUACUCCUAAAGGAAAAAUACUGAAAAAUGAAUUGUGAUAUCUA